GAGUGCAAACAUUCUACUUCAAGGCGAGAAACGACAUGCUGCCUACGUCACAACUGGUGAUUUGGCGUCGUGGAUGGCUUUAGAUUUGUUCCACACAGGCCUUAUGAAGAUAGGCUAUCCUGUAGUAGUAGUGUGUACUAUCCUUGAUGGGCAGGAGGGCCGGUCCAUAUCUGUUAUGUCAGCGGUCAGUGACAAAAACAAUAUUUUGUUUUUUCCAAACAAAUAAAAAAAUCUAUGCACCCAAUUUUUUUAAGACGAAGCAAAACGCGAAAAUAUUAGUGAAUCUAACAGGAAAUUUGGAAAGUACCAGCGAGAUUCAAUAGAUUAGUUUUGAGUGAAUGAUAAGUGUCUGUCAUGUAUUUAUCCUUCAUGAAAAUUUUGGAGGAAAUAGUGGUUUGUUCAUAUACCUAUUAUAGAUAACGUUAUAAUUUCAACCAUGGAUAUAUGAUAGUAACAAACGUCAAGUCAAGGACAUACUUAGUAGGUGACUGGAAAUCUGGAAAUUGACCCCCUGAGCUGCAGAUCCAAGACUCAUCAGCGAGCUUUUUAGGCGUUUCAUCUUUGUUUGAACUCAUCAGGAACGCCCUGCAAGUUCUUGUUUCUAGUCCUUUUCUAGCCAAUCAAUAAAGUGCAAGUCAAAAUUGGCCCCUAUAGCAACAUGGUUCCUAUACCUGAUGAGUAUAUGCCUGAUUUUUGGAAUCAGGUAUCUUCAGAAAGUCCUGUGGUUGAACUUACGUGUUUACUACCUACUGGCGUCAUUGUUCUACUUAAAGUUAAUUAUCAUUCUACAUUGGCUGAUAUCAAAGAGGACCUGUGGGAUGAAGCCUCCAGAUUUCCUCUCCAUGGCAAACUUCAGGCAGAUAUGUCACAGUACAUCAUUAAAAUUGUCAAUUCCAUGGCUGAAGAAGAAGAAUUGAAUGAUGAAUCUAGAAAACUGUGUGACAUUAGACCUACUGGUGCUGUACUGAUCAUAUCCGAAUGCAGAUUGAAUUCCGUAGAUCAUUCUAUUAAUAUAACGAUUGGACAUUUGAUAGGAAAAGGUUUGCAAGAGUUUGAUGCUCUCAACAGUUCAGAAAUAAAUGAUUUCCGAUUCAACAUGCGUAAAAUGGGUGAACGUAUUGCCAAAGAAAGAAACCGUGGCAAUUGGCAACAAAAAUUAUUCUAUCAAUUCCCACCAAGAAUGGCUGAGGAUGUAUGUGUUGGGCUAGAGAACAUUGGAAGUCAGACUAAUAUCCGGGUAGAAGCAAAAUGUGAAUACGAAUCAAGUAUUUUAGAUACUCACGACUUUGGCAGUCAAAAUAUUUUGCAAAGUUCAUUUCAAUUUGAUGUACCUCCCAAUAUUAAACCCACAGAAUUAUUGGAAAGAAUUUUAGCUAAAAGGGCUCAACUAUUGAAUAUAAAUAAUGAAAGGGUUUCACAGUAUGUUUUAAAAGUUUGUGGCAGAGAUGAGUAUUUAUUAGGGGAUAUUUCCUUGAAUCGGUUUCAAUACAUACAAGACUGUAUUUCAGAAUGUGUAACUCCUUCUUUGUUAACAGUACCUAUUGAUAGGAUACCAGGUAUUCACAAUGAUUAUGAAUAUUUAGAUAGUUUAGAUACUAAAAAACUCCUUACAAGCUCAUCGAACACAUUAAGAAAAAAGAAAAGUACUACUAAUUCAUGGUGUAUAUCUGAAAAUUAUGUUGUUAUUAUAAGCACUGCCAGCCAAUUGAACUGUGAUACUAAAAAAGCGCCAGAACUUGGUAUUCAAGUAGGCCUAUUCCACGGCGGAAAGCCUUUAUGUCAGCCAAUGAAAACCGAAGAAAAAUCUGUUUCAGAAAAAUGUGAAGUCACUUUCGACAUUCCUUUAGAAUUUGAUAUCCAAGUGUGUAAUAUACCCAGAAAUGCUAAAUUAUGUUUUGUUGUUUAUGAAAUUAGUAAAUAUAGGACAAAAUCCAGGAAACCAAAGGAUCCAAAGGAUAGUCAAAUUAAUCCAAUAGCUUGGGCCAAUACUUCUGUCUACGAUUACAAAGGCCAAUUACGAACUGGUGCAAUGACACUUUACAUGUGGACUUAUGCUGAAGAUUUAUUAUCUGAUGAAGUGCUUCAUCCAUUAGGCACAGUGGUUAGCAAUCCAAACACUGCCUAUUCUACUGCCUUAACCAUGGUUUUUAAAAAUUUCGAUAACGAUAAGACUGUUGUAUAUCCAACUACAAAAUAUGUACUAGAAUAUGCAAAAAACGUCGAGCAAGAACAAAUCUAUGAACCCUUAAAUCAAGAAAUUGAGGAGAGUUGCCAAAGACUGUUAAACGAUAUGGAGAAUUUGUAUGAUGUCCACGAUCAGGAUAGGAAAGAUUUAUGGAAGCAUAGACGGUUUUGGAUGCACAGGAUGCCAGAAAUUUUGCCUAAACUACUUUCGUGUAUAGAUUGGGAUAAGCGUGAAGAAGUUAGCCAGGUUAUGGAAUUAUUAACUGAAUGGCCUAUGGAUAAGUUACCUGUAGAAAAAUCUCUGGAAUUGUUGGAUUAUGCUUUUGCUGAUCAGGAUGUUCGACGGUAUGCCGUUAAGUGCUUAAAAGAUAUAAGUGAUGAGGACCUUUUACUCUUUCUACUCCAAUUGGUGCAAGCCAUAAAACAUGAGCUCUAUCUUGAGUGUGAUUUAGUGAAUUUUUUAAUUGAAAGAGCUUUGAGAAACCAGAAAAUUGGGCAUUAUUUGUUCUGGCAUUUGAGAUGCGAAAUGCAAAUCGCUGCUGUCUCAGUUCGUUUCGGCUUAAUUCUUGAAGCCUACUGUCGCGGUAGUCAGGAACACAUUGCUUUACUACAGCGUCAAUUGAAAUCCAUAGACAUGCUCAAACAAAGCAGCGAAAUUGUUCGCAGUAGAAAGGAUAAAGAAAAAGCUAAAGCUGCCCUAAGAGAACAUUUAAGUAAUAACGACGAUAAGCAUACUGUAAGAAGUCCCUUGGAUCCCAGUUAUCGCUGCCAUAGGAUUAAAGUAGACAAAUGUAGAGUAAUGGAUAGCAAAAUGAGACCUUUGUGGAUUGUUUAUGAAAAUUUUGAUACUUAUGGAGAGGAUAUUUAUAUAAUUUUUAAAAACGGCGAUGAUCUUAGGCAAGACAUGCUCACUUUACAAAUGCUAAAAGUCAUGGACAGAUUAUGGAAACGUGAAGGUCUUGAUCUCAGAAUGAACCCAUACAAUUGCAUAUCUUUAGAAAAUAGAGUAGGAAUGAUACAAGUAGUUCUAAAUGCAGAAACAAUUGCAAAUAUUCAAAAAGAAAAAGGCAACACUGUGGUUGCUUCAUUUAAAAAAGGCUCAAUUUUAGCUUGGUUGAGAGAUUACAAUCCAACAGAAAAGGCAUUAUCAAAGGCAAUAGAAGAAUUCACUUUAUCAUGUGCUGGAUAUUGUGUAGCCACAUAUGUUUUGGGAAUAGCUGAUAGGCAUUCGGAUAAUAUUAUGAUAAAAAAGACUGGGCAAUUGUUUCAUAUAGAUUUUGGACAUAUUUUAGGACAUUUCAAAGAGAAAUUUGGUAUUAAGAGAGAAAGAGUACCUUUUGUAUUAACUCACGAUUUUGUUUAUGUUAUAAAUAAAGGACAGAAAGAAAAUCAACAGCCCAAUAAAGCUUUGGAGUUUAUUAUAUUUCAGGAAUGGUGUGAAAAGGCUUUUAUGAUAUUAAGGAAGCAUGGAAAUUUGAUACUAUCCUUGUUUGCUAUGAUGAUCUCUACAGGUUUGCCUGAAUUGACUUCCGAAAAGGAUCUUCAAUAUUUAAGGGAAACUUUGGUUCUAUCCAAAACCGACGACGAAGCUCUGGAACACUUUAGAGCUAAAUUCAAUGAGGCCCUUUCAAACUCGUGGAAAACGUCAUUAAAUUGGGCUUCCCAUAUUAUAUCUAAGAAUAAUAAAGCCUAAGUUCAUUUCUGUUUGUAAAUAUUGUCCCGGAUUCUGGUAAAACGUCGACUAAAAUUCAGUUACAAAUAAUAAACGCAUUCAUUGAACAA